AUGUUCCCAAUGUUGGGGGAGUCCAGAACCAGGGGCUACAAUUUAAGAAUAAUGGGUAGGCCAUUUAGGACUGCAUUGAGGAAAAACUUCUUCACCCACAUAGUUGUGAAUCUGUGGAAUUCUCUGUCACAGAAGGCAGUGAAGGCCAAUUCACUGGGUGUUUUCAAGAGAGUCAGAUUUAGCUCUUUGGGCUAAGGGAAUUAAGGGAUAGGGGGAAAAAGUAGGAACGGGGUACAGAUUUUAGAUGAUCAUAUUGAAUGGUGAGGCUGGCACGAAGGGCCGAAUGGCCUACUCGUGCACCUAUUUUUCUAUGUUUCUAAAAAUACUUCCUCUUUCAAGUGUAAUUGUAAGCCAUUCAAUUUGAUUAUUUCUUUAGAAUUUAAGAGAUAUUAUUGUCUGUAUUGAUACAUUGUGAACAAUUAUAUUAGACAUAAGUGCUAGCCGGCAAGGGGAUCUCUUAAAUAGAUGAAGAAUAAUAAAAUUAUUUCUGCACUAUUACUGCACUGUAUCUCUAAACUAAACAAAAAAAUGUAAAAAUAGUACAGAUUUUUUUUGUGAACCUGUUAAACCUUCUCGGAUAUGAAUAGUCUGAAGCCAAUGGCACUGACAGGUUUGUUGCAUGUAUUGGACAAAAGGUAAAAGCAACCUGUCCUCUAGAUCAGAGUAAAGAAUCGCGUUUUUUAUACAUUAGCGACUUCGAUUUUUUUUUAAAUCACUAAAAUGCAAUGAAAAGAAUCUUAAUUGUGUAAACAUGCCAUUUUAUAUCGUUUUGAUCGACUCAUGGUAUCACAAAGUCUUCUCAGAAGUUUGAUCCUGUAUUAUUCACGCCAAAAGUAUUUUCCAUGUCAGAACUUACUUGCUGAAGGAACGUUGAAUUUUGCUUAAUAUUAGACAUUGCCAGAAAAUCAAGAACAGCUGCCUUUUACAGAUGAAUGAUGUGAGAAAAUAAACAGCUUUUCCUUGUCAAAGAGAUUUGCUCCUGUGCUAUUCCUCCCAAGGACAAUGCAGAAAAUGAAUAAUUAACACAGUGUUGGAUUCUUGUCUGGUAGAUAAUCAUGGUUUAAAUUCUACUUCUUGUUUUAAACCCCUGUCCCACGCUACGAGUUCAUUCCAAGAGUUCUCACGAGUUUGCCCUGAUUCGAACUCGGAGAUUUACGGUAAUGGCCACUUGUCGGUACUCGGGGCUCUCGUGGACAUUUUUCAACAUGUUGAAAAAUCUUCACAAGUCUUCCCGUGCUUACCUGCCGUUAGUGAGUCUUCCCGAGUACCUGCCGUUAGCGCUAAGAGACGUCCCUGAGCCCCGAUGUACACGCUACGUUCAUUCUCUGUGCUUACCACGAGUUUGAUUUUUUAACUUGGGAGUGGUCUUGGAAUGAACUCGUACCGUGGGACAGGGCUAUUAGACAGAUGAUUCCCAGUCAUGCAUUAAAAGAGAUGGCACAGGAAGCUGAAAGCUCGCCUCUCAUUCUUUCUUUUUUUGUUUUAUUUAAUUUAUUGUCAUUGUCUUCAAUUAAGAGACAGCAAAAUUCCCUUACAGUCAUACAAAAAAAUAAAUUAAAAAACCACAAAAACACAAAACACAGUAUUCCACAACACAAACAUCCCCACAGCGGCACCAAAGUUCCCCACUGUGAGGGAAGGAACCAAAGUCCAGUCAACCUCCUCACUGAUGUUCCCCAAUGUUUACCCGUGGUCGGGACCUCCCGAGCACCCUGUAGUCGCCGCUACGGGCGGCCCGAUGUUCAGACCCUCUCGUCGGUAGCGAUGAAACCUCAACGUCGAACAGGAGAACAUCCUCAGCGGUCUGGACCUUGGAAUCGGCCACCUUCCACCGGAGUCUGCGGCUCCCGAUGUCCACAGGCGGAGAUUCGUGCUGGUCGACCACCGGCAAAGGGUCCAAGGACUCCGCGAUGUCAAAGUCAGCACCGCCCACGUUGGGAGCUCCGCACCCACAGCGUGAUGUUGGAGCAACGGCCCAACACUCUGAAGCUCCAAGUGGUGAUCUCAGAAUUAAAUGUCGACAAAACGAAGGAGAUGGUUGUCGACUUCAGGAGGGCGCAGCCAAAGCAUACACCCCUCAACAUCAGUGGCACUGCAGUGGAGAGAGUGGAGAGCAUAAAGUUCCUCGGUGUGCAAAUUACAGACAGCCUCACCUGGUCCAGGAACACCACUGGGACCGGCAAACGGGCCCAUCAGCUACUGCACUUCCUGAGGAAACUAAAACAGGCCUCACUCCCCACCAACAUCCUCAGGACUUUCUACAGGGGUACGGUGGAGUCUGUACUCACGUACUGCAUAAAUACGUGGUACUCCACCUGCAACUGCUCGGACAGGAAGGCUCUGCAGAGGGUAGUGAGGGGAGCAGAGAGGAUCAUUGGCGUCUCCCUACCCUCGAUACAAGAACUGUUCCAGAGCCGCUGUCUGAAAAAAGCUCAGAGAAUUGCUAAGGACAAACUGCACCCCCUCCACAUACACCUGGAUCUCCUGCCAUCAGGCAAGAGAUAUCGAAGCAUCAAAGCCCGGACUACAAGACAGCUAAACAGCUUCCUACCACAGGCUGUGAGGCUGCUAAACAGUCACUCUGUACUCACAGUCACUUGAUUCUGCGGCUGGCACGGACACUUUAAUAACUGGCACUGGCCACUUUAAUAACUGGCACUGGCCACUCAAAUCAGCCGCCCCGGACAUUUUUAUGAUUGGUUUAUUGUAUUUUAAUGUUGUGUUUUAUCUGCUUUAAACUAUUUAUUUAUACUGUUCCAUUAGGGACUGGAUUGUUUUUAGUGGGGUUUUUUUGUUUUUUUUUGUUUAUUUUAUUAGAAGUUAAUACAGUACAAAACAGUACAGUGGCACCUAAUUUUAGGUGCCAACUAUGUAAUACUGUAAUCCAUUCUAUGUACAACCUCUAGUUUUAUGUUAUAAGAAGGAAGUAAGCAAGACAAGAAAAAGAAAACAAUAGAAAGAGGAAAAAGUGGAAAAAUAGAUGGUAGAGAGUAGAAAAACGUGAAGUGUGUAUAUAAAAAAUAAAAAAGGAAGAGAGAAAGUGGAAAGUAGAAAUAGAAGAGAAGGCCCCUUAAAAGAGAAUGUUUCAAAUCUGUAUUCGGAGAUGUAGAUCUAUCCGCGUCAUGAACUGAAAUCAGCAAUCUUUACGGUACCUCUGCAUCACAUGAUUCCAAAAAGUCGAUGAAAGGAGACCAACUCCUUAAGAAUUGGUCAUAUUUAUCUAUUAGUCGGAGUCUCAUUUCUUCAAGGCGUGCUAUGUCCAUCAUAUUCCUAAUCCACAUUUUAACAGUUGGUGUGGUUGUAUUUUUCCAAAAUUUAAGUAUCAAUUUCUUUCCAAUUAUUAACCCAUAAUUAAAAAAACAUUUUGAUCUUUAUUUAAAUUGGUAUCUUCUCCUAUUAUUCCAAAUAUAAUCCAUUCUGUUUUGGGUUCUAUUCUUGACUUGAAAAGCUUUGUAAAUAUAUCAAAUAUAUCACUCCAAAAUUUAUUCAACUUUGUACAUCCUACAAAUGAAUGUGUUAUAUUAGCGUUUUGAAACAAACAAACAUUUUAGUGUUAUUAUGUGUGAAACGUUUUAAAUUUCAUGUGCGAUGCUCCGCUAUUCCCUGGGAAACGUCUUUUCAUUUUGCACUGUACAACUGUUGCUUGCAAGAUGACAAUAAAGGUUGAUUGAUUGAUUGAUUGAUAAUGUUUGAUGUAUUCAUGUCCAUAAAACCCAAAUGCCAACUUUCCAAAAUAUCCCGUUUAGUUUUCUAUUCUAUUUACCAAAGCAUAUAAUUUCAAAUUUCCCAACAUAUUGUUCCAUCUAUCUUCUUCUUUCUUACUCACUCAACCAGCUUUUAUUCCUUUCCUGCCCUUUUUGCAUCUUACUCAUCCAGCAAUUACUGUCAGCAAACAAGGAUCUAUUAAACCCCAAAGAUGAAUGAAUGAAUGAUUGAAUGAAUGAAUGCAUGAAUGAAUGAAUGAAUCUUCGUCUACUUUUGUGUGGCGUGCACAGCCUAAAGUUGGUGGACAACUUGUUCUAUUUGAUCUUCCGUUUGUGCACGUUGAGUUGAAUGCAUUAGUCGAAACAGGGCGGACCACGUGAAGGUUACAAUCUUCCACCCCAAUGAAUGAAUGUAUGAUUAAUGAAUUAAUGAAUGUAUGAAUGAAUGAAUGAAUGAAUGAAUGGAUGAAUGAUUAAAUGAAUACGUUUAUUGGCCAAGUAUUCACAUACAAGGAAUUUGCCUUGGUGCUCCACCCGCAAGUGACAACAUAGAAACAUAGAAACAUAGAAAAUAGGUGCAGGAGUAGGCCAUUCGGCCCUUCGAGCCUGCACCGCCAUUCAAUAUAAUCAUGGCUGACCAUCCAACUCAGUAUCCUGUACCUGCCUUCUCUCCAUACCCCCUGAUCCCUUUAACCACAAGGGCCACAUCUAACUCCCUCUUAAAUAUAGCCAAUGAACUGGCCUCAACUACCUUCUGCGGGAGAGAAUUCCAGAGAUUCACCACUCUCUGUGAAAAAAGUUUUCCUCAUCUAGGUCCUAAAAGAUUUCCCCCUUAUCCUUAAACUGUGACCCCUUGUUCUGGACUUCCCCAACAUCGGGAACAAUCUUCCUGCAUCUAGCCUGUCCAACCACUUAAGAAUGUUAUAAGUUUCUAUAAGAUCCCCCCUCAAUCUUCUAAAUUCUAGCGAGUACAAACCGAGUCUAUCCAGUCUUUCUUCAUAUGAAAGUCCUGACAUCCCAGGAAUCAGUCUGGUGAACCUUCUCUGUACUCCCUCUAUGGCAAGAAUGUCUUUCCUCAGAUUAGGAGACCAAAACUAUACGCAAUACCA